AUGGCUCCUUCUACAUUGAGGAGCCUCCUAUUGGGAGCUGUGGCUCUCUGGCCCGGUCUCGCAAUGGCCUCCCAGAACUCAACCUACUCGCAGGCCGAUCAGCUUCGCGCGCAGUUAGCCCUCAUGGGUGAUGCUCCUGAUGGGUGUCCACCUUGCUUCAAUUGUCUGCUCCCAGCACACACAUGCGCUCAAUAUGCUGGCUGUAACGAGUUCAAUGGAAAAUGCGCCUGUCCUGAGGGAUUUGGCGGUGAUGACUGCCUUGAACCAUUGUGCGGCUCACUCCCCAAGGGAAAGGAUCGCCCAAUGCGCUCCGGUUCAUCAUGCAAAUGCGACGAAGGCUGGACUGGCAUUAACUGCAAUGUCUGUACCGAUAACAAAGCUUGUAACGCUCUAAUGGAAACAGGCGAAGGCGGCGUUUGUUACCAGAAUGGCGAGGUCGUAAACCACAACUACCAGAUCUGCGACGUCACGAACGAGAAGAUCACGUCUUUGCUCGGCAAGCAGCGUCCGGAGGUUACAUUCACCUGCAAGCAGGAAGACAAAACCUGCGACUUUCAAUUCUGGGUCGAUGCUAUCGAGUCUUUCUACUGCCAUCUUUCCGAAUGCGAUUCGACCGCCGACUGGCAGGAGUCGAAGAACACUACUUCCUAUAAAUGCAACAAGAUCAGCUGCAGCUGCGUACCUGACCGAAUGUUGUGUGGAAAAGACGGUUCCAUCGAUCUCACAGAUUUCCUCGACCAGUCUAUUCAGGGCCCAGGACGAUUCGAGUGUACACAGAAGCAUGGUGGUACUCACGACUGUGCUUUCCGCGAACCCGAGAUGGAUGCGUUGAUUCUUGCACUGAUUGGCGAUUCCAGCAUCUUUCUCAGCUGCCACGCAGGUGAAUGUCUUUACGAGACAGAGGUGCCAGGAUACAAGCGACCCGUGAAGAAGAUCAACACACCUCUUAUUGCAGGCGUGAUUGCAGGCUGCUCACUAUUCUUGGUUGCUGUCAUCAUUCUGACAUGGUACCUUUCCAGGCGCAAGCUGAACUAUGGCGCUAUCCGCUUGGAAGACUCUGACGAUGAGAGCACUAAACUGAUGACUGACCACAAGCCUGCUUCACUCUACUUCGACGAUGUUGCUUAUACUUUGAAUGGCAAGCAGAUUCUCACCGGAAUUCGUGGUAUCUGUAAGCCAGGAGAGGUCACCGCCAUUAUGGGUGCCUCAGGAGCUGGAAAGACAACAUUCCUGGAUAUUCUUGCCAGAAAGAACAAACGCGGUCAGGUCCACGGUAGCUUUUAUGUCAACGGAGAAAAGGUCGACGAUGGCGAUUACAAGAACGUGGUCGGGUUCGUGGAUCAGGAAGACACCAUGCUUCCCACUCUUACUGUUCACGAAACAAUCCUCAACAGUGCUCUACUUCGUCUUCCUCGCGAUAUGGGCCGUGCUGCCAAGGAACAACGUGUGGUGGAGGUUGAGAAAGAACUUGGUAUUCAUCACAUCCGCGAUUCUUUGAUUGGCUCAGAAGAAGGCAAGGGACGUGGUAUCUCAGGUGGUGAGAAACGACGUGUUGGAAUCGCCUGCGAACUGGUCACCAGCCCCUCGAUCCUUUUCCUCGACGAACCUACUAGCGGUCUUGAUGCCUACAACGCCUAUAACGUCAUCGAAUGCCUCGUGACUCUUGCAAAGAAUUACAAGAGAACUGUCAUUUUCACGAUUCAUCAACCUCGAUCCAACAUUGUGGCUCUUUUUGACAGAUUGGUACUGUUGGCGCAGGGACGAACUGUCUACUCUGGGCCGUUCCAUCAAUGUCAGAGUUACUUUGAUAGCAUCGGAUACGAGUGCCCCCCUGGUUUCAACAUUGCAGAUUACCUUGUUGAUCUUACUAUGCAUGCAAGCAGCACUCAGUCCAUUGAUGAUGGUGCAAUUGGUCUCGAUAACAACAGUGUUGGUCCAAGCAGCACCCGUGCCAUCAAAUCGGUUGCGAGCAUAUCAGGCACCAUUUCUGGUGAUGAUGAUGCUAGCUCGAGCCGUCCCCACAACCGCCGCAGAGACUCAGUCAAACUUCGUCAAGACCGGGAGCUUUUUACGCGCAGGAAGGCUACCGGAACUGCAGCUUCUUCUGAUGCUGGAGGUGAAGACAAUGGCGCCUACCGACUUCACCAAAACCCUAUUGACUCUACUACGACCCUUUUGGAAGAUUCUCAUGAUCUGCCUCCGGUGGCAGCUACUGGAACUGACCUUGAUAUCAUGACGCGAUCGUUCAUUCAUUCGGAUAUUGCCCGUUCAACCCAUGAUGAAAUCCAGGAAGCUAUCAACACUGCUGAAAAUGCCAAUGGAUCCAACUCAAACGGUUACACUGCCGCAGGGCCGAAUGUUCAUGUCAGUGCUGUUGGAAAGGGUUAUGCUCGCGUUGGAUAUAUGCGCCAAUUCAUCAUCUUGUCUCAGAGGACAUGGAAGAACCUUUACCGAAACCCGAUGUUGAUGCUCACCCAUUUUGCUAUUGCGAUUGUUCUUGCGGUCUUCUCUGGAUAUCUCUUCUAUGGCCUCACCGACGACAUUCCUGGUUUCCAGAACCGACUUGGUCUCUUCUUCUUCCUGCUCGCACUUUUCGGCUUCAGUACUCUUACAAGUCUCAACGUAUUCGCUGCUGAACGUCUCCUUUUCGUCCGCGAGCGUGCCAACGGCUACUAUGCACCUGCCACUUACUUUGCGGCUAAGGUGCUCUUUGACAUCAUUCCUCUCAGAAUUGUUCCACCCAUUCUGAUGGGCUCCAUCAUCUACCCAAUGACUGGGUUGGUGGCCGAUUCAGCACAUUUCUUCAACUUCAUUUUGGUACUAGUCCUGUUCAACAUGGCUGCUGCGGCAGUUUGCCUCUUCAUUGGAAUUGUCUGCAAGGACGGAGGCGUCGCGAAUCUUAUUGGCAGUCUUGUUAUGCUUUUCAGUCUCCUUUUCGCUGGGUUCCUUCUCAACCACGAUGCCACACCAAAGGGUGCCCUCUGGCUUCAAACGUUGUCCAUUUUCCACUACGGAUUCGAGUCGCUUAUUGUCAACGAGGUUCUUCAUCUCACCCUUGUUGAUAGCAAGUAUGGUCUUGAUAUUACUGUCCCCGGAGCAGCUAUUCUCAGCUCCUUCGGCUUCAACAACAAUGCCAUGUGGCCUGACAUCAGGAACUUGGGUAUCUUUGCGGCCGUUUUCAUCGUCUUAUCUUAUGCUGCUAUGCAUAUUCUGCUCGUCGAAAGACGAUAG